AUGCUGACCCCGGGAAAGCGUCUCAUCCUUUGCUUAGAUGGGACAUGGGUGAACAGCGAUCAAGGCUACAACCGGCCGACCCUGGACCAGCCUAAUGCCACGCUGCAGAUUCCGACGAAUGUCACGCGCGUCUAUCGCGCCCUGAAGAAAAGGGACUCGGCCGGAUGGGCCCAGGUCAUGUACUAUCAUCCCGGAGUGGGUACUAGUGGAGGCCUAGCGGAUUCCCUCGCCGGGGGAGUCUUUGGUGCUGGUGUUUCCGAAAAUAUUCGGGAGGCAUACAGUUUCGUCGCAACAAACUACGAGCCCGGCGACGAGAUAAUUCUGAUCGGGUUCUCUCGAGGUGCAUUCACUGCCCGUAGUGUCGCAGGUCUCAUCACCGAAAUUGGUCUCCUCACUUCCAAGGGAAUGGAGUUUCUCUAUCCGAUCUUCAAGGAUACAGAGAAUGCAAAAGACCCUCACUACAAGGACAAGUUUCCCACAGUACCGUUCAGUCAUAAGCCAAGAACACCGAAUAACGGGAGGGAAUAUAAGCGUCGACUUGAAGAGGAUGGUCUCACGCGAGUGUAUGACCCAGACGGGUAUCCUAUAAAGCCUCUUACAUGCAAAUUUUACGACACGUCACUUUCGAACGGGAUCGAAUAUGCCUUCCAAGCACUCGCCCUAGAUGAAGACCGCACAUCCUUCGCUCCGGCAGUCUGGGAACGACCACCACAAGUUCGGACCGACCUCCGACAAGCAUGGUUCUGCGGAGCCCACUCGAAUGUCGGGGGCGGUCUCAAUGACCAAGAGCUAGCCAAUAUCACCAUGGCCUGGAUGAUGGACCAACUCACCUCCAUAGGCGUAGCUUUCGAAGAAGAUACUAUUGACAGGAUCUUCGAAGAAAGCGUUCGCUACUACUACCACUAUCGUCAACAAAUACCGCCCGCGACCGAGAAUUUAAGGCGUAAGCGACGAACUGAAUGGGCCAUCCCUUCUAUCUAUGAUGCACACAAGCCUGUUCGACCGUGGGGUCUGGGUGAAAUCAUUGAUCCCGUAACAGGCAUCUACCACCUUGCUGGCAAGACGACUCGCACGCCGGGUAUGUAUCGGUAUACCGAUCCUGAUACCGGACGUCCAACUUCUGAAUUCUUGGAGAAUACAAACGAGCGCAUCCAUCGAAGUGUUCGCAUCCGACUUUCUCUGGAAGGGUUGGGAUAUAAUGAUGAAGAGCCGUACAAAUGCCGCGCAUUGCUUAAAAAGGGGCCUUGGCAGCUCAAGCGAAUGCGCGUGGUAUCUCGUCGCCGGAUUGAAGAUAUAUAUGGAGAUGAGGAGAUCGUGGAACAGGACCAAGAACGCUGGGGCUGGGUAUAUAAUGGACCCAAGGAGGAUGAGCCGCCGGAAACGCUUUUGAUGGAGGAACCUUUGGGUCCUUUCGAGGAUCAAUUGCUCCGGUAUAGCAAAGGCCGAGCAUUCUACCAGGCUCUUCUUGCGGAGACCGAACGAUGA